AUUGAAUCUCCAAGUAAGCUCCAAGACAGCAUAACUUAUCACCCUAUCCGUAUGCCGUCAGGAACGCCGCGGUGCAGAACCCAGAGCCCCGUUGUACACUUGGACUGACGAAACUCGCACUACUCCCAACGGUACUUGCACUCCUCCCAAUAGUCCUUGGGCUGAAAACAACAUCCCGCCCUGCCAGCUUCGACUGCUUCAGCAGCCCAACGAUCAUCACCAGCAGAGAGGCCAUAAUUCUUCUCCGCCCCAGACCCCGACGGCUUCGCCUCACCCGCAGCUUAUCGCGCCUGCUUCCGCUCGAACGUCUUCCUCCUCCGCGUGGCAUGAAGUCUUCCUCCGGCUCUGACAAUGCCACGCUUGCUGGCGCGGGUGACGCCAGGAGCACCGCUACUUCGGUCGAGAAGGCUACUAAGAGAUUUACUCACCCUGGCUCCAUCAAGUCGUGUUCGCAGGCAAAGAAACGUCGUCACCUGCGCCAUUGCCGCAUCACGGCCUCUUCGCGUGCGAAGCACUACGCGCCUCGCUUCCUGCGCCGUUUGACACGGGCCGCCUCCACUAGCUACAUGUGCGUGCUGUGUCGCGAUAUCUUUUCGCGAAGGGACAUUCUCAAGCGUCAUUUCCAGAACCACUACAUUCGCCGAGGUAACCCGACUAAUCCUACUCACUUGUCUCACCUCAGGCUCAUGUUCAGGAAGGCGCUGCUGCGCCGAAGGUGGCUCUUGGUCAAGAUACCAUCCAGCGAUGGUUCGACUUUCUGGUUAUGUCUACGAAGACAUAACUAGAGCCAGUCAUUGCGCGUCAUCAGUUUGACUAGGCCUGGCAACGACGAUUACCAAGAUAGAAGGUGUUUGAGGGGAUCUCUCAUAGGUAAUUCUGGCAGUAGUGACAAUUUCGGUCGAGCAUGAAACGGCAGCGCUCCUAGAUCCGCAAUGCUCAAUGCGACUCAGCAGGGAGAGCCUCUUCUGGCGGCGGCGGUGGUGGGGGAUCAGGCAAAAUUUCUGUUCAACUAGAUGUCAACACAACGAGCGAUAGCAGCCAGCUUUGAACUCCGGCGAAUCGCUCGAAGACCAUCCAUACUUUUUUGCCGCCUUAUUUACUCGUUUUCGAUCUCUUUUCAUCUUGUUAGAAGGCUCCCAGGAAAAACUUGUGAUAG